AAAUGUUAUUUUUUUCAAAUUUUCUAUAAUUCCUUCAAGUUUUUCACAUUUUCAGUGCCUGUUUUUCAAGUUUUCAAUCUUGUUUUUCAUUCAUUUUAGCAUGAUCCCGAUUUGACCUCAUAGUUUUUCCGUCUUUCUUCCUGCUGGAAUAAAGGCUGAAUUGUCCUGCUUGUAGUGAUGCAGUUUAUCCACUAGAUGGCAGCAGACUCCCGCCGCUCGUUUCUUGACUUGUAUGACGGAAGUUCAGGGAAAACCCGGUUAAACGAUAAUCUGUGGGAGAUCUGCGCUCUUUGCUUUUGUCGGUGCUGGAGGGACGUUGGCGGCAGCCCCCCCUCUCCUCCCCGGCUCAUAAAUACAGCUCCAGUCCCUCGGUGCCUGUUUGCGCCGGCAGCGCCCUGUUGGAAGCCGCCUUUCAGUCCACACGCAGGCAGGACGCGGCGGACAUGGAGAUGAACGGCGAUGCGGACCGAAACGGAGAGACGGAGGUCCCGCUGCGGGAAGACUGGAGGCGCCAGUCCCGGCCCCUGAACAUGAAUCAUUACGCCAACAAGAAGAGCGCGGCGGAGAGCAUGCUGGACGUGGCUCUGCUCAUGGCGAACGCCUCCCAGCUGAAGGCGGUGAUGGAACAAGGCCCGGGCUUCACCUUCUACGUGCCCCUCAUCACGCUCAUCAGCAUCUCGCUCAUCCUGCAGAUCCUGGUGGGAGUCAUGCUCAUCUUCAUAGUGAAAUGGAACCUGAACGACCAAAGUACGCACUACAAGCUGAACGUCAUGGAGAACGCCGCCACCGCCUUCGUCUUCAUCAUCGUGGUGGUCAACGUCUUCAUCACGGCCUUCGGCGUGCAGCGGCCCAGCACCAGCUCUUGAUUACCCUGUUUGAUACCUUUCAUACUGCUCCCAUUAUUCAUGCAAAUAUUUAUUGAAAGUCAGAAACUAUUUGUGAUUCUGUUACACGUUUACUUUUGAUUUCUACAUGGAGACAUAACCAAAGAAAACUCAGAUUUCAUUCAGGUUUGUGUUUGAACAAAGUACUGUGACGUACAACAGCUUUACCACGGAGACGUUUACGGGGCCUCGGAUAUCCUUUUAUGCAAUCAGCUGUCUUCCUUUCUUUUUUAAACACGGUGAGAUUUAUUGCAUGAAUUUUCUUUAUGUAUGUGUAUGAUAAAAAGUAUUAGAAGAAUCAUUUAAUCUCUUUUGUAGAACUUCAGACUUUAUGAAGCAUUAUUGCUGCUGUUUAUAAAUAAAUCCAGAAAAACUCCA